AGCACUCUGAACACGCGCAUGUCAGAACAGCACGCGAAUGAAAUGUUUUACCGGCAAGGAUUUAAACUAAAGCACACUCAAAUAAUCUACUUUUCUGAUUGCGAAUAAGUGCAGUGUCUCGUGAGUGUAACUCUACCGCUGAAUCAACAUUUGAUGUGACUGUUUCUCGCGAGUUGCAGUUGCAGCUGGAGCCAGGAGACAUAGUAAACGCAUUGCUUGAGGUAGAUGUUGUUUUGUCCAAAUCAGAUGAAAUGGCUCUGCAUCAGCAACUGCCGUUUUUCAACCCGAAUGUCCCAUUCGCAAUUCCGAUCCAGGGAGGAUUGCUGGAGGGAAUGAGUAUUACUGUAUGUGGACGAGUUUUGCCAAAUGCUGACAGAUUCGAGGUCGACCUCUUCUAUGGGCCUGAUAUUAUUCUGCAUUUUAGCCCUCGCUAUGAUGGAGGAUCUGGGUACAUCAGGCACAACACCUUUAAGAAUGGUGCCUGGGGUGAUGAAGUCAAGUACGAAACUCCCUUCCCGAGAGGCCAUUUGUUUGCUCUGCAGAUCCUCGUCACCCAGGGCUCAUACAAGAUAAGUACCAACGGGAAACCCUUCUCAGAGUAUGAGCACCGAAUGCCGUUCUCCUGGGUGGACAAAGUCUGCGUGGUUGGAAAGGUGGAACUGAGUUUAGUUGCCUUCCAGCAUCUUGCGCCCCAUUAUGCUGCAGCUCCAGGAUCUUUUAUGGUCCCAUACAAAAGCAUCAUCUAUGGUGGAGUACAGCCUGGCAAAGUCAUCAUCAUCCAAGGAGUCAUAAGCCCACAAGCAAAAAGUGUAGAGAUUUGCCUACGGUACAAAACUGGAAUUGCGUUUGACAUCCAUAUUUAUUUUGAUUUGAAUGUGGUUAUGAACAACACUUAUAUGGAUGGAAAGUGGGGUAAUGAGGAACCAUCAGAUCUAACGCUGUUUAAAACAGGGGAACCGCUGCAGGUCACCAUUUUCUGCAGUCGUGAAAAUUAUGAGGUGUUCAUUAAUGGUGAAAAAGCUCACACUUACAGACAUCGCUACAGUAUUCUGGACGAGAUUGAUGUUUUAGACAUUCGUGGAGAUGUGCAUUUGACCUUUGUGCAGCACUAACAAGGAUUUUAUCCAGGUCUAUGAGAAAUACAUGGUCGAAUGCUGAUGAUUUGAUGAUGAUUAUUGAAAUGAAGUAAAAAAAAAGAAGAUAAACACAGACUGUUCCACUUGGAUGUAUCCAACUCAGUCCUGUUAUUUGUGUGAAUGUUUUUAGUGAAAAACAAUUUGCUACAUUUGCAUGAGCAAAUUAAUAUACCUGUGAGAAACCGAGAUGUUCGAUAAUAUAUCUACACUUACUGUACAAUGUAAAGGAUGUGAAGUAAAGGAAAUAUCUGGUUUACUUUACAUAUUAGGCCUUCAACAAAACUUAAUAUCACAGAGCUAAUGGGAUUCUAGUUUGUGUGAGAUGGUCAUGAGGUGUGUUUACAGUUUUACAGUAAGUUGCAUUUUGAAAUAUAGCUGCAAGCAGCAGUUAAGGGGCCAAGCACAACAGAAGCAAGCAAGCAUCAGACCAACUGUAGCAAUGAGUAAUUUAAUCCAUUUUAAGGUCAUUUUAGUCAAAAUGGCUGAAAAAUCAUAAAUACAACCACUAGUAAUAUGAUUUAACGGUUUAUCACUGUCGACCAGUAGGUGGCCCUGUUAUCAAAUUGAUGUGGUAUUUUCUGUGUGAGAUGAUAAUGGCACACACAAAGUUUGGUGUCAAUAUGUCAAAACUUUGCAGAGAUACACCAUCAGAUGCAGUUUGGCAUCAUGCCUCAAAUUUGUUGUGGCGCUAUACAAAAACGAUUUUGUCUAUCAACACAAAAUUCAACUUUUUGUCAGCACAGUCUGAAGAUGAUCUGCCUAGAUUUUGGUGAAAAUUGUAGCAACGAUCGAGGAGGAGUUAAAAAAAGUAGAUUUUCAACAUAAAUAAAAAUGGCGGACAGGAAGUUCGACCGACUAUGGCAAAAUAGGUAUCUAUUUUUUCGGCAUGACCCAAGGAAUA